GAGAAAGGUAGCCAAAGUAGAGAGAUUCAGAGAGAGAUAGGAAACUGAGGCAGUGGCCAAGCUCUACCGAUGGGAAGGCCUCCUUUCUGUGAUAACAUUGGCAUCAAGAAAGGACCAUGGACUCCCGAGGAGGACAUCGUCUUGGUCUCUUAUAUUCAGGAACAUGGACCUGGAAACUGGAGAUCAGUUCCCACAAGCACAGGGUUGAUGAGAUGCAGUAAGAGCUGUAGAUUGAGAUGGACUAACUACCUCAGGCCUGGAAUCAAACGCGGCAACUUCACUCCGUAUGAAGAACGAGUCAUCAUCCGUCUCCAAUCCUUGCUUGGCAACAGAUGGGCUUCCAUUGCCUCUCACCUUCCCCGAAGAACCGACAAUGAUAUCAAGAACUACUGGAACACACAUCUCAAGAAGAAGAUCAACAAGAUCCAGGGAGCUGCAGAUGCAGAUGGCAAGAAGCCCUCUUCUGAUGCUAGGCCCGUUUGCCAUGACUACGUGUCCCAAAGCUACGACAUGAUGGAAUCAAGGAAGCAGGACCUCACCGACGCACUCCCCAUGUAUCACCAGAAGUCGAGGUAUGCCUCCAGCAGCGAGAACAUCUCGAGGCUCCUCCAGGGGUGGAUGCAGUCAUCGCCAACGGUCGACGCGCCAGGGAAGCUGAAACAAUCCUUCUUCACCGCGGACGAUGACGACGACGAGACCAGCAACAUCAUCAGCGCCCUUGCAGCAGCGUCACUAACGGAGAAAAGUCAAGCUGAAAGCGACCGACGGUGCGGCGCCACCAUGACACACGAUGACUUCGUCCUACUGCAUUCCUUCGAGAACAUGGACAUUGUUCCCUGGGAGAACACCGGGGAGGAGACGCGCCCCUUCCAACACGCACGAGCCGAUGAUGCUGAAGCCCAACUGGGCGCGGAGAGCGAGCAGCCUCCGUUGUUCUUGUCGGAGAAUUGGCUCCUGGACGAGGCCUUGGUGCAGGUGGAUGAGCUCAUGGAGCUUAAUGCUGAUUCUUGCUCAUACUCAUCCUUCUAACUUUGUUCUUUAUCCCCUACGAUUCUUCGAGGCCAUUGCCUCGGCGACAUUUGCCCCACAGCAUGCAUAUUCUGGUCGAGGCUUUGUGCGCCGAGAUGAUGAGUAAGAGGAUAAGGUGUGUGUUUAUGGGGAUAAACACAUCAGUAAGGAAUGUUUAUGGGGAUAAGGUGUGUGUUGCUUGUUGUCACGAUUGAAGAGUUGCAAUUUAAGGAUUCACCUAAAUGGAGUUGACCAUGUAUUUUUUAGUGUA